AUGCUGCAUGAGAACCCCCACGGUGCCACCGCCGCCUUAUUGCUGCUAGUGGGCAGUGUGAUGUUUCUGCUGUACCACUAUCUGACAACCAAGAUUCCCAUUACGGGAGCCCCCAUGGCCCCGCACAGUCACUUUUUGUGGGGACAUCUCUUUCGCUUUCUUCACGAAGAUUUCCACGAAACGUUUCGUCAAUUCAGCCGUGCUGCCAACCAAUACGGUCAAGUGGGAAUUUGGAUCUUUGACAAACCCACGCUGUGCGUGUUUGAUUUGGAGGAUGCCAAGACGGUCUUGCACAAAGAAAAGGAUCGCUUUGUCCCAUACCCCGUGACACGCCAUUUUGCCUACUUUACCGGAAAACGAGAUUUUCUCAUUCUCAAUGGUCGCGAUUGGAAACUCCAACGGACGGCUGUCACUUCGACCAUUAAUGAACAUUUUUUGGACGACACCCGACGCGAUUGUAUGCAAGUCACACAAAUCAUGAGUCGCACCAUUUUGCGCAAAUUGGAUUCUACGACGAGCGGCGUGCUGUCGUUGGAUUUCGAACCACUCAUGAAAGUCAUUACAUUGGAUAUUCUCUGUCGCACAUUGUUUGAUGUCGACAUGAAUUGUUGUGGCAAGGAAGAACUCAUUUCGCCCGUGGCAUCGGCGUUUGAAUUUUUGUGCAGUGAAUUGUUCAAACGCAUUCGAUACUUUUAUCUACCCCAGCUCAUCUUUUAUUGGUUACCGACCGAUGCCAAUCGUCAACAUCGUCAACAUCGACGAUUCUUGGAAGAAUUCAUGAUGGGAAUCAUUAACAAAAAGAGACAAGCAUUGGAACGAGGUGACCGAGGACGCGAUGUCAUGUCCAAACUAUUGCGCGCUCAUGGCAAUGUCAAGACCAUGCUCGAAGGAGCCGAACAUUACACCGAUAUGGAUCUCAUGGGUGUCUGUCUAGGACUCUUUCAAGGCGGCUUCGAUACCACAUCGAUUACACUCAGUGCUGUACUCUAUCUAUUGGCACUCCACCCAGAAGCACAAGAUACGUGUGUGCGAGAAAUCCAAAAUCUGGGGGACGACGACAUGUCCAAUCACCGGGCUCUUGCGUACUGUCAUGGGGCCUUUUGGGAAGCCCUGCGCUUGUAUGCACCGCUCCCCUUUAACAAUCGAACCCUCAGUCGAUCCCUGGUACUCAAAGGAGGACUCGUCGUCCCCCAGGGAGCCGAUGUCCAGAUUGCCACGCAAGCCAUUAAUCUCAACGAAGAACGAUUCCCUCAUCCGCACGAGUUUCGUCCCGAGCGGUGGGCGGUACCCACUGCCAAUGGUGCCUGGAGAGAACGGCUACCGUCGGAUGAGUACGGUGGCAUUCCCACGGGAAAUUAUGCGCACGUCUUGUCCUUUUCGGCGGGUGGACGCAAUUGUGUCGGACACAAAUUUGCACAACAAGAGGGCGUCAUCGUCAUGGCCAAUCUGCUCAAGCAGUUGGAGUUCCAGGUCAAACCAGGAUACAAAAUGGAGACCAUGUGCAAGACCGUCUUGCAAAAACCAGUGAACGGCUGCUGGUUGAAUGUCAGCAAGAGGGCGUGA